AUGACGGAGGCGAAGGACCCGCAGCCGCUGCCCCAGGCCAAGGAGCUGGAGCUGCUGACGCCGCCGCCCGCUGCGCCCGUCGGAGGCGGCCGCGUGGGCCUGGCCGCCGCCUCGCUCAUCUACUCGGCGGACGGGCGCUACGUGUUCCAGCGCCAAGCGCACGUGGUGCGCGUGCUGCACGCGCAGAGCGGCCGCGUGCUGCACGAGUGCGUGCGCGCGCGCAGCAAGAGCCCCGUGACGGCCUUGGCGCUGCACCCGCACAACGCGCUGCAGCUCUUGGCUGCGUAUGAGAAUGGCUACAUUGUGGUCUGGGACUUCGUGGAGCAGAAGCCGCUGCUCGAGAUGGACGCCAAGGCGCCCGUGCUCUGGAUGGGCUCGAGCCGCACGAGCCCGUCCAAGCUGCUGCUCGUGCUGCAGGGCGAGAGCCGAAGCUGGAGCAUCGUGGAGUUCAGCCUCAAGAAGAAGAAGCGCGGCAGCGUCGUCUUCCAGCACAGCAAGUUCAAGUUCCAGGCCGCGGCCAUGCAGAGCUACAAGACGCCCCAGGGAGAGGGCGACAAGGCCGUGGCCGGAGACUACCUCGUGGUGGUCGCGGGCAAUAUGAUGUUCGCCGUGUGGCUGCACCAGCCGCAGGCGCCCACGGGCCGAGUUUGGACCAUGCAGAAGCUCACGCACCUCCGCGACGUGACGUGCGUGGCCGUGAGCCCCACGCAGCGCGAGUUCUCUAUUGGUGACAGCAUUGGACAGAUCUACCGCUACCACCAGCUGCAGACGGCCGACGACGCCGCGCCGUCCGCCGCCAUGAUGCACUGGCACUCGCACGCCGUGCACUGCAUACAGUACUCGAGCAACGGCCAGUUCCUGCUCUCCGGUGGCGAGGAGUGUGUGCUCGUGUCCUGGCACUUGGAGUCGGGCCGCCGCGCCUACCUGCCGCGUCUGCCUGCCGCUGUGGAGGUGAUUGCUCCGCGUCGCGAUGGAGGUGUCUACGCUGUGGGUCUCUCGGACGACGUCCUCUUCCAAUACAACCCAGUGACGCGUGAACAGGAGUGGGAAGCGCGUGGACUGGACCGUGCCGGUGGAUCUGCUGCCGCCUCGCUGCCGACUCGUCAAUUGGUGGUGGACCCUGUCACUAAGGCUCUGGUGCUAAAUGGCUCUUCCGGCGCUGGUGUAUUGCAGUUCUACGAGCCCUUUGCCGACCGCGUGCUGCAGACGCUGCUGCUGUCGGAGCGUAACCAGGUCACGCGCACGGAGGACGAGCAGCUGCCCGCUCUGAAGGCCUCGCACUCGUGCUUCAGCGCCCGCGGUAAUGUCCUCGCUACGCUGCACGCGCCGACUGAGGCGAAGAGCGGUGAAGAGCAGGCCCUGCGAUUCUGGACUCGCCGCGUGGACGGCUCUUUCUACGUGAAUACGGCGGUGGACGCGCCUCACGGGCGCGCGCUCGUGACGAACGUUGCGUUCUCUCCUUCGCACCACGGAGACUGCGUAGUGACCGCGGACGAGCUGGGAGAUUUCAAGGUGUGGAAGAUGACGGCGACUGAGGGCGGGUCGUGGCACUGCCAGUCGGUUGUGCGCUUCCGUGACGAGCCGGUCACAGCUGUGGGUUUCGCGCGCGAUGGAUCCUUGCUCGCGGUGGCGUACGGCAACAAGCUCACGCUUUGGGACGUCUCGACUCACUCCCUGCGCCGUGUUAUCACUUCGGCCGAUGGCCAGAAGAUCCGACAGAUUGUCUUCCCGGGCGAGAACUCGCCUUUCGUGGUUAUCGUGACUGUGGACCAGGUGCAGGUUUGGAAUUUGCUGUCGCUGUCGCUGUGGUGGCGCUACUCUGUGCCCAAGGAGGCCGUGGUCGCCGAGGACGCCCUGUACGAACGUUUCCUCGUGUGGAUGCCUGUGACGAAGAACUCGAAGGAGAAGACGCUGCUGUUGGUGUUCGAUCCGCAGACGCCUGUGCCCACCUGCGUGCGUGUUGUGAAGCUCGGCAGCAAGGCCUGGAGCGCCGGCUUCCACCCCAGCACCGGAGACAUCAUGCUGCUCGACUUGAAGUCUGGUGUGUGGAGACUCGAUGGACCCAACUCACGAUCGGUGGAGGCCCGUCGUCGCAAGCAGGCUCACGUUGCAGCUCUGGCCGAGCGCAACGCCGCCAAGGACGGCGAGCAGGAGGCCAAAGCACUGAGCGCCAUCUACACCGCCGCCCGUGGCAGCCGCGCUCCUCAGAAGAAGAACAAAGACGUUGGGCCCAGCGCGGUUGCUGCCAACGGAUCGGCGUCUAGCAGUCUGUUCGACGCUCCGGCCCACGUACUGCCGUCCAUGACGGCGCUCUACAGGUCCUUCAUGGACACGAUGCUGCCCAAGCCGCACCAAAACGUACAGAGCGACGAGCCCGCGAAGGAGUCGGCCCAGAAGAGGAAGAACAAGAAGCGCAAGAUGCGCCAGCAGCUCCAGCACCAGCAACAGCAGAACGCAGCGGACGCCAACGAGAAUGGCGAGCAGCGCAAGCGCAGGAAGCUCCAGGUAGAGAAGGAGCUGGCCAACCCGGAGCUGCAGAAGCAGACAUAUUCCAAACUGCUCGAGACGUUCCGUAAGGCGCGCCGGACCUAA